ACAAAUCUCAUGGUUUAUCACUAGUCUCAAUGGCAACUCUUCAUAAGCACUUUUUCCCCAACAAUGAGUCUUUCGCCUAUGAAGCUCUUCGAGCCGCAAGCUACACUCACUGUGGUGGGGCAGAGCUAGCCGAAGUCAUCUCAGUGUGCUCUCGCAUUCCCCCCGGCGACGAAGAAAUCUGGCUUAGAGAAUGGCAAUCGGCUGAAGACCGCGCCGUCCAAGCCGCGAAAGCGAGCUUGACGAAGAACAAUCGACGUGACGACCUAUCCAAGAAGCUCAUCGGUUUAAGUACCGAGACAUUUUAUUCUGCAGCCGAUCUCAUGCCGUACAAGACCAAAAGGAUUCAAAUCCUCUUUGAAGGGACUACUCUUCCGGGAACGAUGAUGCAGCCUGUCAAAAGCGACAAAUCGAGGCUCACGAUCAUUUGUGAUGGUGGCUUCGACUCCACCAGGGAAGAGAUAUUCUACAUGAAUGGCCAGGCGGCACUUGAAGAAGGCUUCAACAUUAUUCUCUUCGAUGGCCCGGGACAAGGCGAAGCUCUGAGAGAGCAGCGCCUCUUUUUCAGAAACGACUGGGAGACUGUAUUCACUGCGGUUGUCGACUAUGCUCUUGGCCAGCCCACAGUCAUCGCAAACAAGGUGUUCCUUAUGGGCAUCAGUAUGGGUGGCUACCUUGUCGGAAGAGCUCUAUGUUUCGAGCAUCGAUGCGCGGCCGCUAUCGUCAAUGACGGGGUUUACGACUUUGGCGCUGCAUUUCAUUCCCAGAACCCUGGCCUUGGCAGAUUCCUGCUCCGUAAUGGCUGGGACGCUACGAUGAUUGCUCUAAUGUUCCAGAUGAUGCGCUGGGAUACGGGCUUCAAAUGGGCGAUUUUGAAUGGAAUGUGGGCUUUCGGCGCUAAGUGUUCAGUAGAGGUGCUGCGCUGUGUGAGUGAGUAUAGACUGGAGGGGCUCGUGGACAACAUCCAUACUCCAUUACUAGUUCUGGAUGCGAUUGAAGAUCGUUUCUUGAAAGGACAGCCAAAAGACUUGUUUGGCAAGUUACGCGGCGAGAAAGAAUUUGAGCAGUUUACGGCGGAAGAAGGGGCAACCUCGCACUGCUAUAUGGGGUCCCUCACUAGGCUCAACCAGGCGGUCUUUGACUAUCUACUUCCGCGGGUGCAAUGA